GCUAGAGAGAUAAUUCCCGAGGGCGUGUAUCAGCUAGAAGACUCAAACCCUAGCCUCCGUCUCCCGGAUCCCUAAAGAUCAUCUCCCAUGGAGUCAGUCAACAAUUCUGCUGCUACAAUAUCUGCUAAUAUUAAUAGCAUCCCAGUGCUUAACGGCACGAAUUUUAAGGAAUGGAAAGAGAAUGUUAUGAUCGUUCUCGGCUGCAUGGAUCUAGACCUUGCACUUCGGACUGAGAAACUCACCGCUCUUAAGGACACAUCUACCCUUGAUGAAAAGAGGGAGAUGGAGAGGUGGGAACGCUCAAACCGCAUGAGUUUAAUGAUCAUGAAACGUGCAAUUCCAGAAUCAUUCAGGGGCACAAUGUCUGAUGAGGCUGAUGCCAAAUCGUUCCUUGCCAAACUUGAAAAACGUUUUGCUAAAAACGAAAAGGCGGAAACUAGUACUCUUUUGAGCACUCUUGUAUCCAUGAAGUACAAAGGCAAAGGGAACAUAAGGGAGUACAUUUUGGAAAUGUCUCACAUUGCUUCAAAACUAAGUGCACUAAAGCUUAUUUUACCUGAGAAAUUGCUUGUGUAUUUAGUUUUGAUCUCUCUUCCUUCUCAAUUUAAUCAAUUUAAAGUCAGUUACAACUGCAUUAAGGAGAAAUGGUCUCUCAAUGAGCUCAUUUCUCAUUGUGUUCAAGAGGAAGAGAGAAUAAAGCAAGACAAGACAGAAAGUGCUCAUUUGGCAUCUACCUCUAAGGGCAGCAAGAAAAGGAAAAUUAAGGAAGCUGCAAAUUCAGGGCCUCCCAGGAAGCAUCAUAAGGAAACUAAAGAAGAAACUAAGGAAUCUGGAUGCUUCUUUUGCAAAGGGACUAAUCACAAGAAAAAGAACUGCACUAAGUACCACGCUUGGCGUGCGAAAAAGGG